GUAAAACGUAACGUAAUUUCUUCAGUUACGCAAAUAAGUAAAAUUGCAAUCAUUUUACACAUGUCGUAAUUUCUAGUGUUAUUGAGAAAGUAGAUCGGUGGUAAAUGCAACUGUCGUGGAAUGGAUCGUAUAGAGUUGAAAAGCGAAAGUGUUGCGCAUUCGGAUUCGGAACACGAGCACGAUCUAAGCGAACACAAUGAGCUGGAACAUGGGCACGGCGAGCACAGCGAGCACGGGGAGCAUAUGGAAGCGCUGGACGCUGGCAGACCGCGCAAGCAGGUGCGCCGCAGCCGCACCACGUUCACCACGUACCAGCUGCACGAGCUGGAGCGCGCCUUCGAUAAGACGCAGUACCCAGAUGUAUUCACGCGGGAGGAGCUCGCUAUGAGGCUGGACCUAAGUGAAGCUCGAGUGCAGGUGUGGUUCCAAAAUCGACGAGCAAAAUGGCGCAAACGAGAAAAAGCACUCGGGAGAGACCAUGCGCCGUUCAUGCAUCACGAUCAUGUGGUAGGAGAAUGGGGUGGCGGUGGCCCUCCAGGCGGCGAGUGGUGGGCGCUCGGUCUCGGAGCUGGACUGGGCGCGCUGGGAGUACCCGCACCACUGUGGCAUGAUGCCGAGCCAGCCGCCGCCUUCAGGGCGCUGCUACACAGAUACGUACUGGCGCUUCCACCACCAGCGUUGCGUCCACCUGAGCCUGAGCCGGCGCCGGCUUCACCUCCAUCGCCCCCUUCGCCGUCACCGUCGCUGGCCCGCCUAGCCAGUGCUGAAGCUCUGCGCCUACGAGCCCACGACGCCCUCCUACAGGACCGCGUCGCACUCCAACACAAUAACAAAGUCCACACGUAACCUGAACCGAGUGUGAGUGCUUGUGUUACACCUGGACAUUUGAAUGCGUUGCUGUAACGGUUCGUGUUUCUGUUUGAUGGACAUAUUGAUGUGAUAGUGUUGGUUCGAUUAAAACUGGGUCAGUUAACACUUAGGGCCUUAUCGGACUAGCGGAUUGGGAGCGACUGCAGGACGGGCGCGCAGUGAAUGCGUCGCAACAAACUGCGACUACGCAGCGAGGACGUCGCGGACCCAUAACAUGAUUUUCUACGCGCUAACGCUAAACAACGUAUUUACAACGUGUCUACGAUGUGCUCGCUACGCAACGUAUUCGUUGACAGCCGCAGAGUAUUCGUUGCACACUCGCUCCGCUUUGAACACGCUCCCAAUCCGCUAGUAUGAUAAGGCAUUUACAGUCCAUGAAUUAUUUUUGUUACUCCUUCCCUAGCUAUCACACAACUAUUUUCUUCCGUGUUAAGGUUGAAUGAGACAAUCACCAAUUUAUUGAAUAAUUACAAUCAGCGAAUCGCUCAAGCCAUUCGUUUGACUUAUGA